AUGAACAUCAAGUACGACCCCCCCUUUCCCCAUCACCAACCCGCCUUACCCCCAGCACCACCGGCUAACACCCGGCGCAACUCCAGAGUCCGCACCCUGACCGGCAAAGAGAUCGAGCUCGACAUCGAGCCGGAGUACAAGGUCUCCCGCAUCAAGGAGCGCGUGGAGGAAAAGGAAGGGAUCCCGCCCGUGCAGCAGCGGUUGAUCUACGGCGGGAAGCAGAUGUGA